UAUCAUCUUUAAUUAGCUUAUGAAUCCAAAUUCAAUAGUAAUGGCUUUGAAAAACUUGUCCAUUAUUAUUUUGCUCUUUGUUAAUUCCCUUAUUGUCCUUUCCAUCUUCCCUACAUUAUCCAUAGCUGCUAACCAGAAAUCAGUUCCCAUAGUUUCCCCACAAACCAUAUGCAAGUCCACUCUAUACCCUUCUUACUGCGAAAACGUGUUUGCUAAUCAAAAUGGCACCGUUUUCGACUAUGGCCGCAUUUCCAUUCGAAAAUCCCUAUCCCAGUCCCGCAAGUUCUUGAACUCACUUGAUUCAUAUCUUGAAAAGAAAUCUUCUUUAUCUCAACCCACAAUUAGCACUCUCCAAGAUUGUAAGUUUCUCACUGAGUUAAGCUUUGAAUACUUAUCAAACGCCCUUGACACCGUUGAAAAAGCCAGCGAUGUUCUUCCAACAUCACAAGCCGAUGAUGCACACACCGUCCUCAGUGCUGUCUUGACUAAUCAACAAACUUGUUUAGAUGAAGUUAUAAGUCUAACCACUGCUUCUGAUCAGAGAGUUAAGGAUGAUAUCUCGUCCUCACUCUCUGAUUAUUUGAAGCUUCUCAGUGUCUCCCUUGCCCUCUACAAGGAGGGGUGGGUUCCUGAGAAGAAAAUCUCAACCUUGUUAGAACACAAAGGAAGACACUUGGAGUUUCGUAACGGCCAUUUACCAUUGAAGAUGUCGAGUAGAGUACGCGAAAUUUACGAUUCUGCCAUUGGACGACACGGUAGAAAACUGCUGAGCGUGGACGACAGUGAAAAUUACGUUCUGGUGAGUGACAUUGUGGUUGUUAGCCAGGAUGGAAGUGGAAACUUCACGACCAUCAACGACGCCAUUGGCGCAGCACCGAAUAACACCGAUGGUAGCAAUGGCUACUUCCUCAUCUUCAUCACUGAGGGUGUGUAUCAAGAGUAUGUUUCUAUAGCCAAAAACAAGAAGUACUUGAUGAUACUUGGAGAAGGAAUCAACCGAACAAUUAUCACAGGUGAUCACAAUGUCGUGGACGGUUCUACAACAUUCAACUCAGCAACAUUUGCUGUAGUGGCACAAGGGUUUGUAGCAGUCAACGUAACAUUUCGCAACACUGCGGGGCCAAGCAAGCACCAGGCAGUUGCAGUUAGAAAUGGAGCAGAUUUGUCCACUUUCUAUAGCUGCAGCUUUGAAGCCUAUCAAGACACGUUGUACACACAUUCUCUAAGGCAAUUCUACCGCGAAUGCGAUAUUUAUGGCACAGUUGACUUCAUAUUUGGAAACGCUGCAGUGGUUUUCCAAAGCUGCAACUUGUAUCCCCGUCUUCCCAUGAGUGGACAAUUCAAUGCCAUCACUGCUCAAGGUCGAACCGAUCCAAACCAAAACACAGGCACUUCCAUACACAAUUCCACCAUAACAGCUGCCGGUGAUUUGGCCGCGGUGGUUGGAAGCGUGAAAACGUACCUUGGGAGGCCAUGGAAGGAGUAUUCGACCACGGUUUAUACGUUAUGUUUGAUGGAUAGUUUGAUUGAUCCUUCUGGUUGGAGUAUAUGGAGUGGAGACUUUGCAUUGAGCACUUUGUAUUAUGCGGAGUAUAAUAACGGUGGAGGUGGUUCAAACACCACAAAUAGAGUGACGUGGCCUGGUUAUCACGUUUUAAACAACGCUGCUGAUGCAACUAAUUGGACCGUCUCUAACUUCUUGGGUGGGGAUAGUUGGCUGCCUCAAACUGGUGUCCCUUACUUGAGUGGAUUGUUCUAGUUACAACAUAAUUAUAUUCGGUUACUACACAUUUAUAUCAUCAGGGGAAAAAAAAGUUAACUAUUCUCUUAAAAGUUCUUGUGUUGCAUAUGCUAGGUUGCGAAAAUCGAAUUGGUCAAUAAAUCGAUAAAAUGAUUAAUUUAACGAUUCAA